CAUAACUGCAGGGGGAGCACUGCAAAGUAUUAUUUCUUAUUGUUGCUUUACAGCAGGUUCAUGCCCCCCAUAAAGGGACAGAAAUGUUUUCACACCCCCAUGAUUUGAAAUACUAUUGAGAAACUCAUAUCUGUUUAUUUAUCUGUAAUGUACAGACUGAACUUGGAACUCGAACCAGAAAAAUGCAAAACAGAUAAAAAGAGACAGGUCGGUACUGCACGUAUGGGACCAACUUAUUCUAAGGAUUAUGAAAAAUACUCCAAUAACACCCCAUUUACAUAUAAUGUGACGUGCAUAUAGCCAAGCUACAGCGGCAUUGUUAUUAUUAUUAACAUUGUUACGCCGAUCGAACUACGUUACUGCACAUGGACACUUAGCCACACCACACCGGCUAGCUACUAGCCUGCUAGCGACUAGCUUCACCACAGACUCGACCGCAGCGCGUCAGGCUGGGGCUCAGACAACUUCCAUAAGGUAAGGCUACAUAUUUCAGCUGACACCACUGCUGCUACGUUUUUAUUUCCGAGUUUGAAAAAGUUAACGCUAGGUCAGGGGUCGGCAUCCUGCAGCUCCGGAGCCGCAUGCGGCUCUUCAGCCUCCUUGUUGCAGCUCCCUUCACAAUGCUUGAAGAAUUUUUUUAAGACCUGCGUGGGGAAAAUCUGCGUUUUUUAAAAGAGUUUAAAAAAAUAUUCCACUUUUUGUAAGACCGUGAAUACAUCAAGGCUGAGUUUUGACUGGUGAUUUGGAUGAGUGAGAGGGAGGGCGGGGGAAGCGGUGUUUUGGGUGCCUGCGACAGAGAUGACUUUUCCCCCGCGGCAAGCUAACAAAUGUAUAUACCCCCAUAAAAGAAACAUCUCAUACAAAAAUGUGUGUUUAAUUCUGCACAGACAGAUUACUUUGUCAUUUCUGCAACAAUGUUGGUUUACCUGUGUGCUUGAUAUGUGGCAAGAAAUUAGCAAACAAAAAACGUUGAAAGAUAUUUUCAAAACAAGCAGUUGACAUUUUCUGAAAAAUAGUAAUUUAUUUCAAAGUAAACUUGUAUGUAUAACAGUGAUUGGGCGUUAAAGCGGACGGCUAAAAGAAACAGACGGUCAAUUCACUGUGCUGCACACUUCUUAAGGCGUUAGCUAGUGAGGUUUGACCAACAAACUUUCACAACUCCACCGGUUGGCGUCUGUUACACACACGUUGCACUUCUGUUUGUUGCAACAGGUAAAAUUAAGAAAGAUUAAAACGUUUAAAAGCUUUUAAGAUGUGGUCCCAUACUACUUUUCUUUCGUGAGUGAGGGGGGCAAAAUGCCUCUUUUGAUAGUAAAGGUGUCGGUGUUCGUUUCUAUGUUGCUUUGUGAAAUCAAUGCGCCGAGGCAGAAGUUCUGGUCAUGCAUGGAAUGGCCAAAAUACGCAAAAUACUGUAAGUAUUACAUGUUGUCUUGAAUGUACCUGUUACUACAUGGUCACAGCAUAGAUAUAAAACCAUAAAACCUUGUUGGAGGUGUUGUAAUAGCGGUCUUUAUAGGCGGCAUAGGUGGAUCCAAUUACGUGCAGUACCGAGCUGUCGCUUUUUACCUGUUUUUGUAUAUAUAUAAAAGAGAAAGACUUGCGUUCAUGUCUGACAUCAGGAUUGUGGGUGAUGGGCAAGUUUUACUUUAAGAAACAUCCGCCGUAUGAGGGUAUGUGUUGUAGUUGCAGUAAGCAGCCACUAAGGGGCACUAACAGAAGUCACAUAUACAGGUUUGAAGUUUGGAGGCCACAACUUGUAUGAGAAUUAGGACUACACAAAAAUGUUACAGAAAUUGCGAUCUUAAUUCACACUCAUUGAUUUUUUUUAACUAUAAAAAACAGCUACAUCACAAACAAACACUGCCAUUGAUCGGCGACACUUCCUCCCCUCCCUCCCCAUCCCCCAUUGAGCCAACUGGCCCUGGCCGGCACGCUUGCUAUCACAAUAAUUUACUGACUUUUCCUUUGACUUGUCUUUAUCACACACAUGAAUGUAUUGUGGAGUGAGCAAGCAUGCCAUGUUUUUGACUUGAUGGGUUUUUUUUGUCUUUCUAUUCCUUUCUAUUAAAAAAGUCCCCACGUCAGCUGUCUUUCCGGGACGUCCCAUGAAGAACGACAGCAUGACUAUCGGAAGUUUGCUAAAGUCAAACAAGAAAAUUUGCCUAAUAAUCAAUUUUCUAUGCUGCUUGUCCUCAUUAGGGUCGCAGGGGUAUGCUGGAGCCUAUACCAGGCUUCGUGCGGCGGUAGGGUACACCCUGGACUGGUCGCCAGCCAAUAGCAGGGCACAUAUAGACGAUCAUUCACGCUCACAUUCAUACCUAUGGACAAUUUAGAGUCGCCAAUUAACAAAACAUGCAUGUUUUUGGGAUGUGGGAGGAAACCAGAGUACCCGGAGAAAACCCACGCAUGCACGAGAAGGAGCCUAAUAAUAAUAAUAUAAAACAGUGUCAAUUCUUUACAAGCAUGUGUGUGUGAAAAAAAUCAUCCCAGAGAACCUCACUUCUCAGCAAGGAAAUCGGGAUAGUGUGACUCAUCCAAUCUUGCACUUUCAUCUCCAUAGUGACAUUCUGACAUAAAAUAUGAAACCUGAACAUUUAUUGAUUGAUUUUUCUGAAGAACAUUGACUCAAAUGGUGUUGUUGACUGCAGUGGUGUUAUCAGAGCCUCAGAUGGCCGGCUGUGAAAUCAAUAGAUCCCUAAGAGGACCUCCCAACUGAGCAAAAUACACAUGGCUAAUGCGUCACACAGGCAGGGGGGGUUGUCUUUCUGCUAUUACAGACCUCUGCUCGGUUUGAUAAGUGCACCACGCAGUGAGGUGUUCAUCGACUGGAUAUUCAACAGCCUCAGCGUGGUUUUCAUUUUGAUUCAAAUGCUCUUGUUGGGUAAUGUUCAACACACAUACAUGAUCUCUACUUUCAGAGUCUGUAGAUUGUGUACUUCUAUAUACAGUGCAUUGAUUAUGUUCCAAGACUCCCUGCAAAUGAUGCAAACUACAAAUAAUGGACGCACCAAUAAAAAGCCCUGAAAAUGCCUAUUUUUGAUACACUAAACCCCUAAUGUGUCUCUCGCUGUUUCAGUUUUCCACUUUAAGAAACAAUUAGAGAAUACGGUAUUGUACUUACAAAACCUAAAGUUACACAACAUCACGUCUUGUCAAGGCAUCUUCCUGCUGGAAAAUGUUAAGUGAUUUGACUUAAGACAGCACCUUCAGCACUUUUUUCCCCUGUCAUCAAAGUUUUUUCUAUUUAAGUUACCAUUAAAAAAAAUGGUUACAGUUUAAAGCAGAGAAAAGAAAUCUGCGAAUAUGGAAUACAGGACAGCAAAAAUGUAGCAUGAGAUGGUUUUUAUUGCCAGCAGGAUACUGAAAUGCAUUUAUGUUGUCUGCACAUUAGCAACUGAGGGGAUGUGUAACAACUGCACUUGUGUAUAUAUAUAUUUAUAUAUACACACAAUGCAUGAUGCGUGAGUUAAUUUUGUUUUUGUUUCUUCCACUGUUCUGGCGUCAGGGUCUUCUGUUCAAAGGCGUGGAUAUCUUUCAGCUCCUCCGCUAAGCAGCUAUUUACCAUCCUAACAACAAAACAUACAUUUCUUAAUAUUAUGUUAAACCGGUACUCAUGUACUGUGCAACGUGCAAUCAUGAUGCACAGCACUUUUGUGCUUAUUUUAUGUUAAGUUUUUGACUGAUAUUGUGACAAGCAAACUGGCAUUCUGUGAUGGGUAAUAUAUGUGUGUGUGUGUGUGUGUGUGUUUAAUACCUGUGUCUCUGUAACAGUGGCUUGCCCUCAAAUUGGGAGGAGACCACAAGCACUUUAAAGCUGGCUGCACAUCUAUUGGGUGAUGUGUCCUCCACGUCCUGGAGAACACAAGACAAGUGAUAAGUUAGAAAUGUGAUGCCUAAUGAAGUGGCACAAUGAAUAAUGAUACCGCUUAUAACAAAUAACAGACAAAACCCUACCACGUGUUCUGCCGUGAGCUCCUUUAGAAGUUUGUCACGUAUAUGGUCUGAUGUUACAGCCAUUUCUAGAACAACAAAACAAGUGAUAGCAGUAAGUAAAUCGAUUAAUUUUGCUUAAGAUGCACCAUCUCUCAUACAAAACGCGUCUUGUUAGCCAAACUAGAAACGGAAGCAGACCUUUCCCCACAAUUGAAUAAAACUUUUCAUCCUUGGUUUGAUUUAAAAUGUCAAUAUUAUUAUGAACAUACCCUAUAAUUUAAAGACGUUUUAUUUCAAAAUAAAUAUAGAUAAUGCACAUACGGAAAAUGUUGCGUACUGUAUUGAAUUCCUGGUAAUUUCCGUGUUUCCUGUAAAAUAACCAAUCAAGAGCAGGAUUCACAACCAUGACCAAUCAGAUCAUACAUAAAAGCGAGAGAUAGGGUCUAUAUUUUGAAAUAGCAAACCGUCGAAUGCCUGACGGUUUGUAAGGGGUUGGGGAGUUUUAGUCAGCGAUUCGUACACAUAAAAUUACAUAACACAAAUAACGCAAGCUAGAAGCCAACCUCUUAAAAAACUGUCAGUACCGUACUUUAAGAGGACAUGUUUUGUCCCCUCAUUAUCAUCAGGCAAUCUAAUGGACUACUAAGUACGAGUGUUGUUUGAAUUGAACAUUUCAGAAUCCGAUCGGCGAGAAGCUUUACAAGGUCAAAAUAACACAAUGUUAUGGUCAUUGUGUAAAGCUUUGACUAAAAAGUAAUUUAUUUAACUUCGUUGCCUUUACGAUAUUUUGUGCCGGUAUGUAGUGUAGUUCCCCUCCAGUGCAAUGGUUGUAGAGGUAGAAAGCUUCUUCGGUGUGUAUAUGCUCUACUGCCUCAACCCUAAAUUUAAAGGUAGAAUAUACAUUGGCUUCACGGUGAAUCCUGAGCGCAGGAUCGGACAGCACAAUGCUGGACGACACAAAGGAGGAGCAAAGAGGACCAGUGGGAGAGGACCAUGGGAGAUGGUCCUUAUCAUACAUGGCUUUCCCUCUGAUAUUGCUGCCUUGAGAUUUGAGUGGGCGUGGCAGAACCCUCACUCCUCCAGGCGUCUCUCCUGCAUCUCCCGCCGCACCAGGAAAGAGUCCAGCCUGCAGUUCCACUGGCGCGUUGUCUCCAACAUGCUACGGGUAGCGCCGUGGAGCCGGCUCCCGCUGAUCGCCCGCUGGCUCAAGCCGGAGUACAAGAUAGACUUUGACGCCAAUCUGCGGCCUCCUCUGCACGUCCCUGUCGUCUUUGGAGGCGUGAAAGCCAAGAAGAAGCGUCUGUUACAGCCCGAAGACCAGGUGGAGACUUCCAGGUGUUUCCUUUGCAGGGGCCUGGUCAAGAUUUCCGAAAAGUUGAGCUGCUUCCACCCAUCCUGCGGAAUGAGCAGUCACGUGAUCUGCCUGGCCAAGCUCUUCCUGAAGGCGGAGCCAUCCCACCUCCUACCUGUGGAGGGCCAGUGUCCGGCCUGCUGGCGCUCCAUGCUGUGGGGGAGUCUCAUCCGCCUCAAACAAGGCUGCUUAGGAGACCUGGAGGAGUUCACAAUGUCUGCAUCUCAAAACCCCUGGGCAGAUCAACUAUGAAGGAAAUGAACUCAAAUGACUGCUAUCGCCACUGAUGUGGAAGGGAUUGUACAAAAAUAUUUAUAUUUUUUUUCUACCUGGGAUCAUGAAAACCUUUUACAGUGUUUGCUUCUUACCUAUUAAACCUGCUCUUAAAGAGACAGUAUUCAGCCGGUUCCUUUAGCUGCCUAGAGGGCGCCAACAUUUGACCGUACUGCUAGUAUUACCGGUAUAUCCGACCUAUUCCUGCUUUGAGGACGCCGACAUAACACGUACCCCCGGUAGUUAUGUUUGUUGUCAGGUAAUUAUAGCAAUUGGCCAAAGUUGAUCUACUAACGUUAGUUAUCAUUGAAUUUAUAACUUUCGUAACAAGAACAUGACUGCAAAUUGUUCAUCGCCUCUCUCAGACUGCUUUUGUGUGUGUGUGUAUGCGCCAUGGACAUGUACGUGUAUACCAACAGGCAUCAGAGACAGCCAUGAAUGGCAGUUAUUGUUUUAGUGUUGAACGAAAAUUUACCAACACUUUUUAUCCAGUUUUAUUUGUGAAAAAUAUAGACAUUUUUUGUACAAUCUGUUCUUUUAAACUACUGUUGGUAACAUAUGCUAGCUGGCGGUGGUGUUCUUAUAUUUUUUUGUUUUAAAAAAAUGUCAUUCGGAGCGAGUUGCAUACAGUGCCUUUAAUGCGCUUUAAAAGUGUUUUAUGUAAUGCCUGAGUUAUGGGGUUUUAAAGCCACAAUAUAUAGGAAUUACAGAAGGAAACACAAGAAGGAUGGCCAUCUAUGGAUGUGUGAAUGCUGAAGAGCUGACACUGAAAUUAAAUGUUGUCUUGAAAAUGUGGAAUUACGGGAAAACUUCAAAACUGACCCGACACACUGAAAUGUAUCAGAGACACUCCUAUGUUCCUUGGACUAAGACUAAGACUUCUGGCUUGAUCUACCAUCUAUCCCUCUUAUUUUUGGAUGUUAACCCAACCGGUCGAGACAGACGGCCGCCCCACAGAGCCAGGGUUCUGUUCAAGGUUUCUUCCUCAGAGGGAGUUUUUCCUUGCCACUGUCGCCAAGCGCUUGCUCAUGUGGGGUUUCAGUUGGUUCUCUGUUUUCAUUUCUGAAUGGUUUCAACUGGGUGAGAAAUGUGUAAACUUAAAAAAAUUGCCCAUCCAUUUUCAAUGGGAAUUGAACUGUGGAAAAUGUGGACAUUUUUUCGAAUGUUGCAAUAGAUGGCUGCAUUCCCGGAAUGAGCUGAACUUUUUGAUGUUGAAAUGGUUUGAAUGGGUUGAAAAGUGUGGAAAUAGUUGACCACCAAAAAAACGGGGCGUAAUUAGAAUAAGCGCUCUUCAGCAUUCACAGAAUAACAAAUCAUCUGGAUGGCACAUGGUCUUGUAAUUAUUGCAGUGAUCAUCAUAAUCCUUACAUAUUUUACAGAGACAAAUGAAUCAAAGCGUUAUUCAGGCAAUGGUAGUAAAAUACAGAGCGAGUAUUCAUUCAAGUGUUGAAAUUUGGUGAUGUUGGGUCAUACUGAUCAACUUAUGCGAUAACCCAACUAACAAACAAGUUAGUCGAUAUAAAAAUAUAAUGUAUGUUAUUUGUAUACAAGUUGUGAAUUCUGCUCACAAGGUUGGUGCAGGCAGGAAGGGCACAAUGGCUUUUAGCACUGCUUGCUAGUUGUGCAGGUAACAUUUCAAAGUGCCAUGUUGUGCAUUUUAACAUCCUUGCCUCAAUUGGCGUCCGUCGUCACUGCUCGGCAGGUUGGGUUUGCAAAGUGAUCACCGGCUGCACAAGACAGAAGGCAAGGUCAGGUUUGAGCAAAUUUGCACGCCAACUCUUUACUCACCACUUUGGGAGCCGGCGCACAACAGUUGACCACCUUGCAGCAGUAAGCGGCCAGGGUGGCUGAGAUGGCGAACAAAGUGACCUGGAUGAGCAUGCUCUCUGCAAAGAGGUGAGUCCUGGUGCGCUGUCAGUGAUUGAAAACAAGUCAGGACUGAAAAACCUCGGGCUCCAAAUACCUUGACAUGGUUGCAAUAGUGUCUUACUCACCUCGAGAACACGGCAGUCAUUCAAGUAAGUGGUCAAGUUGUGGUCAUAGUAGUGCCAGCAUUGUGUCGCAUACUGAUCAAGAUUUAUCAGUAGGCAGAUUAUGUUGAAGAUGGAGGCGAUGCAGGCCAAAAUCUGCAUCCCCAAGCAGCCCCUCAGCUGACAACAAGAUAACACUUCACGUCAGUGUUUGAUGGUACAGUACAGGUAUAUCCAGGCAGUAUACAGUGAGGAAAAUAAGUAUUUGAUCUGAUGUGCUGAUUGUGUACGUUUAUCCCCUUCCAAAGAUAUGAGCAGUGGAAAACUUUUAUGGUAGGUUUAUUGUAACAAAGAGACAGAACUUAAAAAAAUAACCAUUAUUUAAGGUUAUUUUUUUUUUAUCAAGAGAGAUGCUUGAUAUUGUCCAGCACUUCAUUACCAAUAUUGGCAGCAUAUCUUCCCUCAAACUAAUGUAAGGUCACAGCUUGAGUAAUGAAUGAGCACAUCAGGCUUCUACAUUUCACAAAUAAACACUGUUUGUACAAAAUAAGACAAAUAUUGCAAUAUAAGUUAUAGAAAAAGUAGAGUGGAACCUCGGAUAGCGUCCGCCCUGUUUAGCGUGUUUUUUGGUUUAUGUCGAAAAUUUACGUCAGUUUUGCAUCGGCCUGCUUGCAUUCUCCGGUUAGCCUUCAAAAUGCCGUGGAUUUUGUCUUGUUAUUGAUAUGCCGCCUAAGUCCAUCUGUAGUCUUAAUUAUUUUUUUAAUCAGAAAAUGUCCUUCCUUGUUAGAAUCCUAUUAGCUAGAGAACACAAUGGCAACGGAAACCGUAAGUUAGGUCGGCCGUCUAUGAUGUCAUCAGCGGUCAAAUCUCAAAAAUGUUAACAUGUUUUUAUAGUUUAUAAUUAUAAUUUUACGUGCAUAAAACAAUU